UGCGGGUUCCUCAAACAAAUUUGAGGUCGCUCCUUUUUUCUGUCACCCUCUGGUAUGGUCAACCAGUUGAGAAGUAUGGCCUGCAGACAUGUCCAAAACAUGGUUCAAAGCGUCUCAAAGUGUUCUGGAAGUGAGGCACCAUACUCACCAAUUGUUGAUACUGGCUGUGAUUCCCCAUCUAGCCUUCCUAAAGCCUGUAAAACAUCGGGAUUAUCCGAAAAAAAGUCUGAGUCUCAUUCCGUAAUUGACGCAAAGUGUCUGAAUAAAAGCUGCGUUUCAUCAAGUGUUCCUCAAGCCUGUGAUUUCCACUGCGAAGCAGACCAAAAACUAAACGUCAAAUGUGCACAGUCAAAAAAGAUAGCAUCUGAAGAUUUGGAUGACCGUCAAUCUCCAAAUGACUAUCUUUGGCAAAAAUUAGAAGCAUUGGUUGAUCAGAUGAUCUCAGAAGAGGAUGGAAUUCCCGUCCGCAAUGUUAAAAGUCUAAUGUCAAUAAUUCCUAGCACAUUUACCGUGAUAUUGUUCAUUGGUUGAUGGAACACAUUGGAGCUAGUGAUGUUACUGAAGCCGUUCAUAUUGCUAGUCGUAUUGCGUCUAUGGGUUAUAUUUUUUGCAUUGAUGAUCAUGUACUCACUGUGAAAAAUGAUGGACAUACGUACUAUCGAUUUCAAACUCCUUUCCUCUACCCAAGUCGAUGCAUGGAGGCAGAUACGGCAGAUUAUGCUGUUUAUUUGUGUAAACGCACCAUGCAAAACAAACAAAGAUUGGAACUGGCUGGAUUUGAAGCUGAACGCCUGGCUAGUUUACAAAAUAUUUACUGCCAUAAGUGGGAGUUCAUUUAUAUACAGAAUCAGAAGCUAAAGUAGAUAAGAAAAGAGAUAAAUUAGAGAGACUGGUACUUGAAUCACAAGAACGAGCCUAUUGGGAUUUACAUAGACCACCACCAGGCUGUAUCAAUACAACGGAUAUUGAUAUGCGUAAAUUGUGUCGCGCUAAACGCCCUAAAAAAACCACAUCUCGUCCUAUAAAUUUUCCUAUUCCGAGUGGCCCAGAUGGAUCUAUUUUAUUCUCCGUUUUGGAUGGUCUUUCACUACGAGAUAGGAUAGACAAACUUCAUACUUGUUCACGUACAAGAAUUAAAUCAUCUAAAGCUGCUGAGAGUUUGCAAAACUUUGCCGAUCAGUAUUCUGAAUUCGAUUUACUUUUAUCUACGUCAACAUCUCUUGGUUUUUCUGCACCGUCUACAAUUGGAAUAAAUCAACCGAAUACAGCUUCUUCUACUAGCCAGUUGGCGUUAGGUAGUUUAAAUGUGAAUACUAAUUCUUCUACCACUGCCACUACUCCAACAUCUAUAUUACGUACAUCCGGUGAUAAAUUAAUUCACCAUACUCGUAGUAUUUCAGCUACUGGAUUUAAUGGAAUCACAUCAUUGACUUCAAUGUCAUUAGCUCGUACCAGCAGUGGAACAGGAAAUGGUGCACAUAAUUUCUCGACAGGUGGUCAAAUUUCUAGUGGACAUGGAUCAGCUGGACAUAUGGGAGUACUUACUGCUAGUUCACCUAAUUCGGUCUAUGAUCCUAAUCAAGAACCAGUUAGUGCAUUGAAUCCUUGGAUUUCUGAUAAUCCUGAUUAUUGGAAUACGGACCUACGUCCAAAAUAUCUACCUAUUCGUCGUAUUAAACGUUGGAGUUUCUCAAUUCAUGAACUAUUAAAAGAUCCAGUUGGUUUGGAAGAAUUUCAACGUUGGUUAGAAAAAGAAUUUUCAGCAGAAAAUCUCAGAUUCUGGCAAGGAUGUCAAGUAAGCAAUUUACAUACUUGUUAUUCACUUACCAAGUAUGAUUUUAUGUACCCAAUUUUAAGUAGAACUCUUUGUAGAAGAACCACUGGUAUUAUCCAGUUGAUCAAACUGAAGUAGUGUAUAUUAUGGGAUCCAAAAUUACAACUCAAACGACUGGAUGUAAAGUGUUUUAACCAGUGAAACUGCCACUUGAAAAAGAAAUCUUUUGUUAUUGUAAUUAUUUAUGCAUUUUCACGAUAGUUGGUACUAAUGAAAUCUAAGAUGGGUGUUUCAUUUUAUUUGGGACUUGUCAAGUGUGUUUAUACUUAAAUUAAUAUUGAUAAUUUUACUGGAAAUCUGAUCCAAUACCCAUCGUUUCAAAAAUACUAGACUGUUAUCCAAUUCAUAACAGCUAUUACCUUUUCUGGAAAAUCUAGAAUUGAGUAUCAGACUUAGCACGCAUUGCAAACAGCAAGAUCAACGUAAUAAGUACCAAACAGGACGAAAUGCUCCUCCUCAACUUCACCUCUAAUCAAUAUCAAAAUAUAUUAUCAAUAUUUGUGAAUACGUGAAAUACUCAUGAUGUCCAUAAUCCAUUAGUAGAGACUAAUGAAUUCAUUCAUUUUCAAAUGACGAUCAACCUAAAAUUCUCCUUUGUUUGAUUCGGGUUGGAUUUUCGGGGAAUGAUGCAAUUCCAUACUAGCCAACCCAGUCCUCAAAAAUUAGGAGAGGAAAUUUUUGAAAAAAAUCGGAAAAGUUUAUUUUAAAUCCGAUUGACCAUGAUACAAUAUGAAAUGCAUGUGUAUCUAUAGAAAAUUUUGAAGUGUCCUUAAAAAUCAAACCCUGAAGAUACCGGUUUUAGGGAUUCAAUUUUGUUGACACAAUUUGAAAUUUUCAAAAUGAUAAUUUCAUGGAAUUUUUUUCCAGUUGACUUUUGUCUAGUUUUUAAUGAUUUAUUAUAGUUCACUAUAACACUAUUCAUGAUUUUGUAAAAAGUUCCCGACUAAUCUACCUGGAUAUCGUCUACGCGAAACAAAGUAAAAUAUACAGAACAAAAUAUUGAGAUCAAAUUUUAAAAAAAUAUUUUUGUGUGUAAGAUACAUGUAGUUAUGUUAUAAUUCUCUCUUACGGUUAUAACCCAGCUAUUCCUAUUGCUUAGUACUCUCGGACACCGAUUCACUCAACAAGUCCCCCAAAUCAGAACACAGUUGUACAGGAAAAGAGAUUAUAUUCCAAAUAACAAGGUUAGAUGGAAGUAAGAAGCAAGUAAGUGCAAUAGGGAAAACGUUAGUAUAUUUAUAGUUUUUCACAUGAGAAGAUUUCUAAAGUGUUCACUAAGUAUUGAUUAACGCUGAUUCGGAUAAUAAUAAGCCAAUCAGCGUGCACCAAAGCAAUCAUGCAUUGAGCAUGCUUUAAUCCAGUCUAUGUCCCGCUAACAAGUUACGAAAGUGUUUUGUAUUUAAAAGAAAUUUCACAUGAAAUACAUUUACAUUGUCCUACAUAAUGCCUAUCAUCAACCAUCCACUUAAUCAAUUUUUCUUUCAUAUUUUGCGUUUACUACAAUAUCUGUUAUUGUUGAAAAAAUAGUCUUCAUGUAGACGGGGAGAUUUCACUGAAUAAAUUAAUAGACCUAUCAGCAUUUUUUUAAAGCUAAGUAUUAGCUUCGGUCUGGGCACCCGGGUAGUAUCAUAGCCCACACACAAUUCAAGUGACUUGUGUGUAUUCGUUGCCCCUUUGUACCAAUAUUUAUGUGUUGAAAUAAACAAAUAAAGCAAGAACCACUUCUAAAUUUUUAUUGUAUCACACUACUCUUCAGUUUUAGGUUACCAAGGUAAAGUUAAACUAUACUGUCGAACGACCUAUUUUGAUUAGUCAGAAAAGAAUAAGUAUAGAUGAAUGAAUUAUAAUAUAAUACCAAAAAUAUAUCGUUGUUUUAUAUUAUUAGCUAAUUCGUAUAGGUUUGCUACAAGCUCUUAACCGUUAGAUUUUGGUGCAAAGAUCACGACUAAUGGUUAUAAUUUCAAGAUGCUCUAAUCACCAAUUCUUUCCCUAAACCUGACCCUAAUCCCAGAUCUAACUCAAAUCAUAACCCUAAUUUUAACUCAAUCUUAAUCCUUAAUCUAGACAAAGUUAUUCACUCUAACCCGAAAAUUAAACAUUAACCACUAUGAUCUUAACCCUAUUAAAUAUUACGAUAAAAUACAGUGUUUUUCUGCACUCAUGCUCUGUCAUUUCAUUCCCCCAUUCACAAGUGAAUGUUUUCUUCACCAAUUCAACGCCCUUUGAAUAACUAACACUGUUUCCUUCACGAAAGCUUAUCAUUAUACGGUUCCUGAUUAACAUUCUGGCUUAAUUAUGGUUCAACAAAUGUCAUUGUUAGGUUCACUUGAAAUCUCUAAAUUCUCUCCUCAUUUGACUUAUUUUUUUAUUGCUUUAUACUACGUGUUACUAUUCAAUAAACAGUUUCAUUUCUAAUAAUUUUUAGACUUAUGGUGCAAUGUAUGUUUAUCGAUGUGCUAUAUUCUGAGGUAUUUACAUAAACUAAUAACAUUUACUGCGUCUAUUGCUGUAAUUAUGUUCUCUUAACUCUUGUAACAACAAUUCCUAGCUUUUGUGCAUUUCUUAAAUCUUUGUUUAGGUGCAACAGUUUCCAUAUUUUUGUCCUCUUAGUCCCUGUUUGGAUUGUUGAUGGUCAUUAUUAGCUUCAAACACAAUUACCGACCGUCAUUUACGCUAUCAUAUAUUGUAAUUAAUCUUAACGUGAUUAUUACUGGUAUUCUUUUUUCCAGACGCACAGACGCGUUAAUCGCCACAUAUACCUCACGAGUUUGAAACCCAUUUACAAUAAUAAACCGUUCAUUAAAUAAAUCGUUGUUUUGAAUCUCAAUAUUAUGUGUAUUUCAGUUGUAUUGUUAGACGCUUUUAUAUACUUAACAGUCGUUCUAAGUUGAUAUAUGAGUGGGUGACUUUGAAGUAUUUGUUCGAUCCUGAUUGCUUUCUCAAUAUUGUUCAGCCUUAUUGAUCACGAGUUCAUCUACUUCAGUCUAUAUAAUUGAGUGCUAUGUCUGUUUGUUGUGGUAUCUAAGAGAUAUUUUUUGUUAUAAUGCAAGCAAAAAAGUAAACUGUUGUCUAAUUUAUUAUAAUCUCUCCAUUUAUAGGUACUUAAAGGUGCUCCACUGCGUGAAGUUCGUCAGUCCAUUAUGAAUAUAUAUCAACAGUAUUUAGCUCCAAAUGCAGUAGAACCAAUAAAUAUUGACAGUAGAAUCGCUGAUCUAGUAAGACGUCAAAUAGAUGGUGAAUCGAAUACAACACCAAAUCGUUAUUGCUUUGAAGCAGCUGAAGAACACAUUUUUCAUUUAAUGAAAUCCGAUUCUUAUUGUCGUUUCCUACGAUCUGAUGUUUAUCGUGAAUUAUUUCGUGGUGAUAAGAAAAAGUCAAAGAAACAGCAACGUAGUAGUGGAAUCAAUUCGAAUAAUGCUUUGUCAAGUGGUCCCGGCGUUGGUGCUCAAGUUACUGCAACAGUUAAUUUUACUGGAAUUGAAUAGCAACCAAAUCUUCCACGCAUGGGCUAGUGGUUGACUGUUACAAUAGUUCUAUUCUGCUUAUUUUGAAUAAAUGAAAAAAGUGCUUUUUCAUUGUUUGCAUUUCAUUAUUCUAUGUUGUAUAUGUUUUUUUUUUAAUUUUUUUGUCUUGUCUUUUUUCCACCAUAAUAUUUACCCAUCAUUUUACGCUUGGUUCCCAAAGUUAUAUUUGUAAUGACGACAAUUUGAUAUGAUACUUUCAGCGAAAUUUACAUUUUCAAAAAAUCUUCUCACUUUGUCUUACCCUCAAAAAAAUAUGAUAAUAACUCCUGUCUAAAGAUAUUAUGCCUCAUGGUUAAAUUCCCCAAUAAGUUUGUGAUCUCUCUUCAAAUUUAUGACUAACUUACUAGACUAUCUAUCUGAUUGACUAUGCUUUGUGAUAUUAAUACGCAAAUUUAAAAGAUGGUUAAAUAUACGUAUCCAUUGUAAAAAGAAAACUACCGUCCUUCUAUGUUAUUGUAUGUGUAUGUUUGGUCAAUAAGUUUUUAUCUUAUUCACUAGUCAAUAAACGUUUAAUUACAACUUGGAUCUCUACAAAUUUCAUUUUUACAUAAUGUAUUGUGCAAUUUCAAUUUUGAGCGCGUGUUCAAAUCCCAAAGGAACUCAUUACAUAAUAUAUACUGUGAUAUACAUAUAUCUUAUUUGCAUUUCUCUCUCUCUCUCUUAUGCAUUUAUUUUAAACGCACAGAUGAAAUGUAACUUUUAAUGAAUCAUAGAUAUUUAUGUAUCCUUCCAUAUGGAGCUUAUUAUGUUGUAAUAUUGUUUGAUGAGCAAUUGAUUGUCGGGUUACUUUUAUUUAUUCCUUCUUAAGAUGUAUUGUUGCUUCUCUUCUUUUGUUCAUUUGUCACCUGAAUUGAUCUGCUUUCAUUAAUUGUUGAAUUAUGAUUUCAGUUAUAUCUUUUAGCUUUGAUUUUAUUAUAUGGUUGUUUUCUUCAAGACGAUUAUAACAUUAUGGUUGUAAUAUAAUAUGAUGAAUAUAUAUUACAAACUUGUCGUUUGACUAAUGACAGAGGUGAAGUAUAUAACUACCAUAUUACUGUAUUUUCUUCUCAAGUAUUUAACACUAACAUUCGAAUAGAUUUUAGUUUUCUGUCAUUUUUGUUUAAUAUUUAUUAAUGUGGAAGUUCCAGUUGCGUGUUUUUUUUCUCUCACGGUUAUAUCAACUACUCAUAACCAUUUAUUUAAGUAGACAGUUGUUUAUCAUUUUAUCUGUUUUGUUUAUUAGUUUCAACUUCACUUAUGUUAAAAUACAUCAUAAUUUCUUUCUGAAAUAAAUAAAAUAAUUUAUGAAUUGAAAUCUGUUAGUUGAGUAUCUACUGAGCGUCAACUAGUUUUUUAUAGUAAACAUUUUAUCUCCAAACUAAAAAGAGUUUACAGUGGAGGAAAUAGCCAUCAUUUUACCUAACAAUUUGGCGUUAGAAACGUCGGCUUGAAGGCAUAUGAACUUAACUCCUAACUACUGAAUCAGGGGUUUAAAACCGGUUCCAUUUCAAUUUCAGACAUAAUAUUGUCACUAGUUCUCUCACAAAGUAUGUACGAGUUCACGGACUUAUACUUAAUUAGUGAGUAGCUGCGUAUAUUUCUUCGAUUGCCC